UCAUACAAUACUUCAAUAGAUACUAAAAAUAAUACGAACAAAUCCAAGUCUAAGUUCGUUACGGACCAAGGAAAACACAAAAAGUCCAGGACUAGAACUCCAGAUCUAUAAGAAACCGCCUUCUUCCCCUCCAAGCAAAAUACAAACCUUCCAUGUCUGCUUCCAGCAGUAAAGCAGAGGAAUUCCGGGAAGCAUCUCCGCCGUCCAUCCUCAUCAUGGCCUUCAGAUUCCGAAACAUAUCAACCGUCGAUCGCAGCUUCUCCCUCCCCCUUCACGCUUUCCACACCACCGCCAUUAAAAUCAGCAAUACUCCGCUUACUGUGUCUUUCCUUUUGCAUCUGAAGCUCCUCAGAUUUCAAAAAUGGCGUUUCCAAUAUUCAACUGGCCGUACCUUCUUCUCCUCGCCAUCGCCGCUGUCUGUUCCGUUCACCCGCCGCUCGCUGCCGACGACGACCGGAGAUCAAUUGAAGCUCUUAGAGAUGUCGUAUAUCAAUUUGAUCCACAGGCUGAUCCUUGUAAUUUGAAAGGAAUUAAAUGCAACGGCUUCGCCGUGACGGAGAUAGUUUUUCCGUGCUCGGAUUCGCGGCGGAGCCUCCCGUUCCCGACGGUGAUCGGAGAAUUUAAAUCGCUUAGAGUUCUCAAUCUCAGCCGCUGCGCAUUCGCCGGAGAAAUAAUUCCGGCGCUUUGGGAAUUGAAGGAGUUGGAAGUUGUCGACCUGAGCUAUAACCGCUUAUCGGGGAGCCUGAAUCCGGCGAUCGGAAAUCUCCGGCGGCUUAGACAGCUUAUCCUCGAUCACAACAACCUAUCAGGAUUCCUGCCGGCGGCGAUCGGAAAUCUGACGGAGAUAAAAGAGCUUUCAAUCUGUUCAAAUUCGUUCUACGGAAGUCUUCCGGAAGCGAUCGGAAAGUUGCAGAAAAUCGAAUCGCUUGACCUCCACGACAACUUCUUCUCCGGCGGUUUUCCGGCGGCGAUCGGAAAUCUGUCGAAUCUUAUGUACAUUUCCGCUAGCUACAACAAAUUCAGCAGAGGAACUUUCGCCGAAAUCGGAAACCUAACUGCUAUCAAAAUUCUCGAUCUCGCUUGGAACCCAUUCACCGGCGCCAUACCAUCAACCAUCGGCAAUUUGAAGGAUCUGGAAAUACUCGAUCUCCAAAACUGCCGACUCACCGGAAAAAUACCAGAAGAGAUCACGAUGUUGACGAACUUAUCGAAUUUAAAUCUCGCAGAGAACGAAUUUUCCGGAGAAUUACCUUCAAGCAUGGGAAGAAUGGUGAAUCUAGCUUAUUUUGUAGCUUCAAGCUCCGGCAUCAAUGGAGGAAUACCGCCGGAGCUUGGUAACUGCACGAAUCUCCGGCUACUCGAUUUGUGCUACAAUUCGUUAACAGGUCCAUUGCCAGACAGCCUCGCAGGAUUAAACUCGAUCAACACGAUUCUCCUAAGCUCGAAUCGCUUGUCAGGCUCGAUCCCUGCCUGGAUUUCGAAUUGGAAACGAGUGAAGUCCAUCGGCUUUUCGCAAAACCAUUUUGCCGGAAAAUUGCCGCCGCUUAAUCUACCGGCAUUGUCCACUUUCGACAUUGGCGACAACCAGCUUUCCGGCGAUCUGCCUCCCGGUAUAUGCAACGCCAAGUCCUUAUCGACUCUGCUCUUGUCACACAACAACUUUUCGGGAGGAUUGCACGGAGUAUUCGAGGAUUGCCACAACCUUACUAGUUUGGUCUUGUCAGAAAACAAUCUCUCCGGCGAGCUGCCGAGCUAUCUCAGCGAUCUUCGUCUCGUGAAUUUGGAGGUGUCGAACAACAAGUUCUCCGGCAGAAUUCCUGAUCGUCUAUGGGAGUCGAAAACUUUAAUGGGAAUCUCGUUGAACGACAAUAUGUUCGACGGCCAAUUGCCCGAUGCGAUUGGAAAUCUUUCGACGCUCGCUAGAUUGCAAAUAAAUAACAAUAUGUUCGAAGGAAGAAUCCCGGCGACAAUCGGGAAACUUCGGAAUCUAACGAAUCUAUCGUUGCGCGGCAACAAGCUUACCAGCUAUAUCCCUCUCGAGCUCUUCGACUGCACGAGCCUCGUGUCGUUGGACUUGGGCGAGAACCGGUUGACGGGUCGAAUUCCGGGAUCGAUAUCGAAGUUGAAUUCGCUCGACAAUUUGGUUCUUUCGAACAACCUAAUUACCGGUCCAAUUCCGUCGGAGAUUUGCUCUGGUUUUCGGAUGGCGCCUUUGCCGGACUCCGAGUUUGUGCAGCAUUACGGCAUGCUCGAUCUCUCAUACAACGAGUUGGAAGGCCCAAUUCCGGCGACGAUUAGCUACUGCAAUGUCGUGCAAGAAAUAUUAUUGCAAGGGAACAAGCUCGACGGGACUAUUCCUGAGGAGAUAUCUCUACUUUCUAAUCUGACGCUACUCGACUUGUCGUACAAUGCGCUAUCGGGUUCCAUUGUUGCGUCAUUAUUUUCGAUGGCAAAUCUUCAAGGCCUCGUUCUCGCACACAAUCGACUAAUGGGCUCAAUUCCGGACAAAUUUUCGUCGACUUUGGCAAAGAUCGAUCUUUCAUUCAAUGAGUUAAUGGGGCCGGUGCCGCGAUCGUUGUUUCGCGUCAAGAGUUUGACAUACCUGGACGUGAGUUCGAAUGCGCUGUCGGGAUCUUUCGUUGUCGGGUUCAAAAGUAGCCCUCUUUUAGUGUUGAACGCUAGCAAUAACCGGAUCUCCGGCGCGCUUGAUCGCUCGAUCUCCGACCUUGUAUCGCUUUCUACUUUGGACCUUCACAAUAACAAGUUCUCCGGGAGUUUACCGGUAUCGUUGUCUGACCUCCCGGCGCUAACGUAUCUUGAUCUGUCGGGAAAUGACUUCGGAAGUUUGUUUCCAUGUUCGAUUUGCUUGUUGCAAGGGCUCGUAUAUUCGAAUUUCUCCGGAAACAACUUCUUAGGGCAGUUUCCAUCGUCUUGCGACGACGGUAAGCUUUGCAAACACGGUACAUCUCUUAGGCCGUGGAAUUAUCCUGCCGGCACGAUUCGAAAUCGCGCUUUGAUAGUUAGCAUUGCUACUGGAGCCAGUAUCGUCAUCGUAGCGUGUCUUGUCGUGUUUUUGAAACAAAAGAUUCAAAAACGUGAUAUGCUACUGCUCGACGGCGCUAAGGAUAAACUUUUUGCAUCGCCAGAGUACACUCCGAGUGACGGAGUUUUGAAGAAAGCGAAAGAGCCCCCAAGCAUCAACAUCGCAACAUUCGAGCGCGCGUUGUUGAGAAUCAAUCCCAACGAAAUCUUAACCGCAACCGAGAAUUUCAGCCCCGGCUACAUAAUCGGCGACGGUGGUUUCGGCACCGUGUACCGAGCAUUCCUAUCGGAUCGAAGGACCGUUGCUGUCAAGAGGCUCAAUAGAGGCCAAUUGCACGGCGAGCGCGAAUUCACAGCCGAGAUGGAGACGAUUGGAAAGGUGAAGCACCGGAACUUAGCGCCGUUGCUCGGAUAUUGCGUUUAUAGAGACGAACGGUUCUUGAUCUACGAGUACAUGGAGAACGGUAGCCUCGACUUUUGGCUGAGGCACCGGGACGACGUAUUGGUGACGCUCGAUUGGCCUACGCGGUUCAAAAUUUGCUUGGGGUCGGCCCGGGGGCUCGCGUUCUUGCACCACGGGUUCAUCCCGCACAUCAUCCACCGCGACAUAAAAUCAAGCAACAUAUUGUUGGAUAAAAUGUUCGAGCCACGGGUGUCGGACUUCGGGCUCGCGCGGAUUAUAAGUGCAUAUGAGAGCCACGUGUCGACGAUGUUGGCGGGGACUUUCGGAUACAUACCGCCGGAGUACGGGCAGGCGAUGGUGGCGACUACGAAGGGAGAUGUGUAUAGCUUUGGGGUGGUGAUGUUGGAGCUGGUGACGGGGCGAGCUCCGGUCGGGCAGGCGGAUGGGGAAGGCGGGAACCUUGUGGGGUGGGUGAGGUGGAUGGCGGCGGGUGGGCGGGAGGAGGAGGUGGUGGAGCCAUCGUUUUCGGGGCUGCGGCCGUGGAAGGAGCAGAUGGUGGCGGUGCUGGCGGUAGCAAGGCUGUGCACGGCGGACGAGCCGUUGAUGAGGCCGACGAUGCUGGAGGUUGUUCGUUUGUUGAAGAAGGCCAAAAUGGGAGCUGCCAUUGAUAGCUACUGAAUGGUGUCCGAGGUUAGAUUAAUAUUUUAAGACUAUCCAAAAUGACAACUAUGCUGCUUAUACAUUGAAAUUCGUAUAUUCUUAAAGCCGUUAACGAUCCGAGUCGAGUGGAAUUUUAAUCGUUCGUUAACGUUCGUGAACAAGGCUCGGGCUCGUUCGUUAAGCUUGGCUCGUUCGUUAAGCUUUCGAGUUUGUUCGUAAUGUUCGAGCUCGGCUCGUUAAGAAUUUUUAUUAUUUGAGCCCGUGUUCAUGUUCGGCUCGAUUAAGCUCGUUCGAGAGCUCGUUAUCUUAUUUUUUUUAAUUUAUAUAUAAAUUAUAAAGAAAAUUUAAAAUUAUUUUAUUUAUAUAUUUUAAAUUAAUAAUUUAUUUAUUUAU